AUUAUGGUCCAUAGGUGUCGCUCCUGUCCCUAUAGUUCUUCCUUAGACUCAGGGCUCUGCUGCUAACCCAGACUUUAUUGAGUAACUCCACUCCCUCGCUGAAACGACUGGCUUUGAUCGCAGAGUGUUACAAAAAUACGUCCCCUCUGCACUGUUUGGUCUGAACAGAGUCGCAGAGCUCACCCUCCCACCACACCUCUAGCAGAGAUUUCUACAUCAGAAAAAAGCAGCGUCCCUGGUUGCAUUGAGUCUGCUUCUGGAGUGCUACAGCUAAAAGUCCUUGCGUCUUUGGAUCUGUCACAGGAUGGCUGGGAAAUCUCUUUACGGAUCAGAGAGGAGCCACUGGAAACUGCUGCUUGCUGCGAUUUCCCUCACUGUGGUCUAUUCGUACAACAUUGAUUUGGAUCACCCAGUUGUCUUCCGAGGUCCGAAUGGUUCUUUCUUUGGCUAUUCCGUCCUGGAACAUUACCACGAUGAGACAAGAUGGGUAUUAGUUGGUGCACCAAAGGCUGACUCAAGGUAUAGUUCUUCUAUCAAAACCCCAGGAGCUGUUUUCAAAUGCCGAGUUCACAGCAAUCCUAACAAAAGCUGCACUGAACUGGAUAUGGGACGAGGAAACAGUCGGGGGACUCGCUGCGGAAAGACGUGCAGAGGAGAUAGAGAAGAUGAAUGGAUGGGAGUGACUCUGGCUAGACAGCCGAAGGCUAAUGGCAGUGUACUGGCUUGUGCACACCGCUGGAAAAAUAUCUACUAUGAAACUGAAGAUAUACUUCCAUACGGCUUUUGUACCAUCAUUCCACCAAACCUGCAUGCCAAUGGGAAUAACUUAAUGCCAUGUUAUGAGGAAUAUAAGAAGAAGUAUGGUGAAGAACACGGCUCUUGCCAAGCUGGGAUUGCAGGGUCUUUUAUGGAGGAGCUGGUUGUUAUGGGAGCACCUGGAUCAUACUAUUGGACAGGCACAAUAAAAGUAUUAAACCUUACAGACAACAAAUACUUCAAACUAAGAAAUCAAGCUGUCAAUGCAAAGCGCUAUACAUACUUAGGAUAUGCUGUGACUGCUGGUCACUUUUCCCAGCCUACAACAAUGGAUGUAGUCGCAGGAGCUCCACAAGACAGCAGAAUAGGAAAGGUUUUCAUCUUUAGAACUGAUAAGAGGUCUGGCUCACUUGUUCAGAUUUUUGAAGCUUCUGGCAAAAAGGUGGGCUCUUACUUUGGCUCCUCCUUAUGUGCAGUUGAUCUGAACUCUGAUGGCCUAACAGACCUACUAGUUGGAGCUCCCAUGUUCUCAGAGGUGAGGGAUGAAGGACAGGUCACUGUAUACAUCAACAGAGGAAAUGGAGUGAUGGAUGAACAGAUUAAUCUUAAUGGUGAUAACGCAUACAAUGCACAUUUUGGAGAGAGCAUGGCCAACCUGGGGGAUAUUGAUGAUGAUGGCUUUCCAGAUGUGGCCAUUGGGGCCCCACAAGAAGAUGACUAUGCGGGAGCUGUUUAUAUUUAUCAUGGGGAUACUUCAGGAAUUGUGUCUAAGUACUCAAUGAGGAUUUCAUCAAAAAGCAUUAGUCCUGGCUUGAUGAUGUUUGGCCAGUCAGUCUCUGGAGGGGUUGAUAUGGACAAAAAUGGGUACUUGGAUCUGACAGUUGGGGCCUUUAUGUCUGAUACGGCGGUGCUACUGAGAACCAGGCCAGUUAUUACAGUGGAUGUUACAAUUUUACUGCCGACCUCCAUCAACAUCACAGCUCUGCAGUGCCAUGAUGGGACACAACAAGUAAACUGUGUAAAUGUCACUGUCUGCUUCAGUUUUCAUGGGAAACAAGUCCCAGGAGAGAUAGAAUUAUAUUACAACUUGUCGGCUGAUGUUGCAAAGAAAGAGAAAAGCCAACAGCCCAGAGUGUUUUUGGUGUCAUCUGGAGAGAAUAUUGCACAAGUUAGUGAGAAGCUUCAGCUAAGUCACAUGGAAAGGAAGUGUGAGCAAUACCUUGCCCAUGUCAAGCGUAGAGUAAAGGAUGUCAUAUCGCCUAUUGUCUUUGAGGCAUCCUAUAGCCUUGGUGACCACAUCAUUGAAAGUCAACAGAAAGAACUGCCUCCUCUUAAGCCUAUACUUCGAUGGAAAAAGGGAGAGAAGCUAGCACAGCGAAAUCAGACCCAUUUUGAACGGAACUGUCGCUCUGAUGAUUGUGCAGCUGAUUUGAAUCUAAAAGGAAAGCUUCUUCUGUCAAGCUUUGAUAGCAAAACCCCUUACUUGGCGUUGGGAGCUGUAAAGAAUAUUUCCCUUAAUAUCUCAGUAUCCAACUACGGUGAUGAUGCAUACGAUACAAACGUCUUCUUCAAUUUUUCAAGUGAAUUGUACUUCAUUAAAAUGUGGCAAGAGGAUGAGCUGGGUAUUUCCUGUGAGUUACUGGAAGAUGAUUUCCUCAAGUGCAGCGUGGGAUUUCCAUUCAUGAGAUCCAAAUCCAAGUAUGAAUUCAGCGUUAUCUUCGACACAACUCAUUUAUUGGGAGAAGAAGAAUCCCUUCAGUUUUUAGUCACUGCACAAAGUGGAAAUAUUGAAAAAGAAGAGACUCUACAUGACAACACUCUCCAACUGGCGGUUUCUCUAAUGCACGAAGUAGACACAUCAGUCACAGGGGUUGUCUCUCCAUCUUCUUUUGUUUAUGGGGAAUCUGUGGAUCCUUCCAAUUUUAUUCAGUUGCAAGACCUGGAAUGUGACUUUCAGCCUCUGAAUUUUAGCUUUCAGGUUUAUAACUCUGGACCAAGUACCCUUCCCGGAUCAACCAUUAAUGUGUGGUUUCCCAAUCGCUUCACUGCUACUGGGGCUGAAAUGUUCUUCAUUCAGGACGUUAUGGUGAGCCAAGACAAAGGAAAUUGCUCUUUCCAGAAAAAUCCUGUACCUUGUGUAAUUCCACAGGAUAAGGAAAACAUUUUUCAUACAAUAUUUGCCUUCUUCACUAAAUCUGGCAGAAAAGUGUUGGAGUGCGAACGUACAAGCAAGUCCUGUUUAGUGGUAAACUGCCAUCUAAGCUCCCUGGCCAAAGAGGAGACCCGAAACAUAGAUGUGCUUAUGCUGCUUAACACAGAGAUACUCAAAAAAGAUAGUUCAUCAGUUAUCCAGUUUGUCUCAAGAGCAGUGGUGAAGGUGGACUCAAAUCUACGAGCGAUUGAGGUGCAACAAGGAAAUUCUAACCAGGCAACGGUGAUUUUUGAGGCCUUGCACAAUCUGGAGCCACGUGGAUAUGUUGUCGGAUGGAUUAUUGCCAUCAGUUUGUUGGUGGGGAUUCUCAUAUUUUUGCUGCUGGCUGUUCUUCUAUGGAAGAUGGGUUUCUUCCGCAGAAGGUACAAAGAGAUCAUUGAAGCAGAGAAGAAUCGGAAAGAAAAUGAGGAAAGUUGGAACUGGGUACAGAAAAACCAGUGAUCUGCAAAACGACAGCCCAGUCUCUGACACACUUGCUAGCUGAUUGGCUCUGCUCAUGUAUCUUCCAUAUGUGGAAGAAAAGAAUCUUCUCCAGAUUUUCUGGAGGCUCGUUGAUGCUCUUUAUCCAUUAUAAUAGGCUAGCUAGCAAAAAAGAAUGUGUCCUAAGGCAGUCACUCAAUCUGUGUGAAGUGACUGGAGGAAACUAUUGGUUUCCUGAAGAUAUAAACUUUGGAAACUGAGCUGCAGUGAAUAAGAAUAUUUAUGAAUCCAACAAAAAGUAUGUGGUUUAUUUUCAGGGGAAAAGUUGUUACCUAAAGAAAAGUAUUUUUAUAAAUAUACAUCUUUUAUACUGAUUUUGUCUUUAUAUUUGAUGGAUUAUUGCUACGAAUAGCUGUACAGUUCUCUAAAGCACUGAUACCAGGCUACAGUUUUAUGUCUAUUGUAGUGGUCUUGAACUGAAACUUAUGUGUGUUACUCUUUAUGGAAAUCUAUAUAAAAUACACAUACAUGUGUAUCUCAUAAUGUGUAGAGAUAUAUAUAUAUAUAUAAGGCCGUAACAUAUUAAUCAUGUGAAGGGGGGGCAGUAAUGUUGUUGAAUUGCUUAUAGAAGAGAAAAUUAUUUUGGUCAACAGUCCAAACAUCCAUAUUCACUGCAACAGGGUAAUGUAAUAAAAGUCAUAGUGGGUCAUUUAUAAACACUGGGCAAAUUUGCCCCUGGGCAGUAACUCAUGACAACCAAUCAGAUGAAUGCUUUUAGUGCUUAACCUGCCGCUGGCUGAAAAAAAAGCUAAUCACUGAUUGGUUGCCAUAGAUUACUUCCUAGGUUCAAAUUUGCUCUGUGUUUAUGAGCCCCACAAUGUUUGUACACGGUUUACGAAAUAACAGCAAUUAGCCAGCAUUUACUAGUUGUCUAUUUGAAGCCAUUAGAUUGGUUGCUAAGACCUGGUUCAAAAUUUGUGACUUUAAUUAAAUUAUUGAUGAACAUUAAAGGGUCUGUUUGCUAAAUGUUGAUAAAGCACAAUGUCAUUUAAUAAGCCCACUUCUCAUUUUUUCUCUCCUGAAAUCUUGUUGAAUCACUGGUGCUCUUGGGUCUCGGAUAAUAAGUGAUACAAUAAAAUAUGAAUUCAUAAAACUAUUUUAUAUUUCAAUAUAUACAGUAUAGUUAACAUUAUUAUCCGUUAUUUUAUAUUAUACAUAAAAAAGUAGCUCUUCAACUACUUCAACUAGUAAUUGAAAGACUAGGAAUGGCAUAUUCACUCUUGUGAAAAAUUCGACUUGCACGUGCAUGGUGCUUAACAUUUUGGAACCUCCCCCAGCGAAUUAGGGUUUCCUUGUCCUUGAAGGAAAUAUUUGAUAUUCACUUUUUCGGUGCUCAGUGCAUCUCCAUGAAAAUGCAGAAUUGCAAAAAUGAAUUGAAAAUAAAAUAAAAAUAACCUACCAUUUUAGGCAAUAACCCAUGAGUUAGUUCUUACCAACCUUCAGUGAAUAGACCCGUUAAGUAUUUCUAGCAUCUCGGUGCUCUACAAUUACUCCUCUUUUCAAGAAACAGAUGUGAGAAGUUACAAUUGCAAAAAGAUCCCACUACAAAAAACUAUCACGCAUUUUCUUGAAAUAUUAACAUUGUUUUAGUAUUAUUGACUUUUAUGUGUAUGUGUGAAUGCAGCCUUUCAUAUUGUGUUUACGAUUGCGCCAUGAAAUGGGAAGAAUGGCCACAAAUGUGCAAUUCUAGCAUUGAUUAGAUAUGUAUUUGUCUUCUCACAGUAUUGUGUCAGUACAACUAAGUGCAGAUGAUAUUCACAAGCAGUAUUAGAUAAUGUUUUCAGAAAAGAUACAUUUGAUUGUACAGGUAUGGGAUCCAUUACCUGGAGACCCGUUAUCCAGAAAGCCCCGAAUUACAGAAAGACCGAUCUCCCACAGACUCCAUUUUAUCCAAAUAAUCCAAAUUU